AUGCCAUUCAGGCAGCAAUCCAAGCAUUGGCAGCCGCCCCGCAAGGCAGCAUCUCGUGUCGUGACUCCCGAAGAGACACCAGAUGCUCCAUUUGGGCCAGUGUUUACAGAAAUUCCAAGAAGCGAAAUCUCUAGCACGAAAAGCGAUGGAGAGCAUCCUAAAAUUACUGAGACUCAGACAGUGGCGUGCUUCAACUGGCUGGAAGGAAGGGAACCGCACAUCAUUGUGCCAGGCAUGCCUCCCAAAUGGACGCCUCUUGACAGACCCCGACCGCUCAAGCAGGAUGCCGGCAUCUAUUACCGAGAUCGAAAUGCGGCGCAUUACCCCGACAAUCCAUUAGAGCCCACGGUCGAGGCUAUCAUGAAGAUGAACCCAUCCGUUAACGAUGCUAUGACAGUGAGAAAUAUCGACAUUUUUGGCUGCAAUAGUACUCUCGGAGAACUCCUCAGGUUCGUGCGCGGCGCACAGGGGACCUUUCGCAUCUUGGUCGAGAGGUUGGGCAAGACAGUGCAUUUGAUUCGCCGUGAAAAGUCGCCUUUAGAGACAUUUUCCAACAUUCGCGGCUAUGGCCAUACCUUUCCUGAAAGCUACACUACAUGGGAUGCUUGUUCACGCGGUUCGUCUUCACAUCAGCGCGUUGUUCAAUUCCAGUUUGGCGGUUUGGGGUGCCUUGUGCGGUUCGAAGGAGACGGUUACCUCCCAGACAAAGCUGGGCAAAGGGUCGAGAAGGAGGCUCUUUCUAGAAGAAUUCAAGAGCCCCAUACACCUGAAGACUUGGCCGCUCUGCUUUCCAUCUCUGGAACGGCCGCCCACUCGUCCAAAUCCCCCUUGAAGAUGUCCGAGGCGGGCUGUCUGGUUCCGCAAGGCGCUGUGUUUGACCUCAAGACCCGCUCGAUCAAGCGCAAAGAUGACGAAGACGCUAUCGUCGCUGAUGAGCUGCCGCGACUCUGGGUUCGGCAGAUUUCAACGUUGAUUCUCGCGUACCAUACCUGUGGUACCUUUCGAGAUAUUCAGAUCCGCGACGUUCGAGCAGAGAUGGCAGAGUGGGAAGAAACCAACAGAGAGGUGCUCGUAUGUUUUGCCAAGCUCCUGAGACGAAUUCUAGAUAUUUCUAGUCAUCUUCAAGAUGGAAGAAUGGAGAUUACCUGCAAGGAAGGCGAUGAUGUCCUCUGCUUCAGAAAACAGACGGCCGAUGUGAAGCCGGCGUUUUCCCAGGCGACGGAGAGUAGGUGGAAGGCAUGGCUCAGCCACGACGCCACUGACGGCCAUGACAAGCCAUCCAGCGAAGAGGAAACUGACGGGCGCGGUUUGGACGACGACACUCCCAACUAUACGGCGUGCGACGAAGAGUGUGACUACUGCGGGCAUUGCAAGUAA